AUGUCGCGCCAUAGAGCAGUUAGAAACUUGGACAUUGAUGAUAUCCUUGAUGAGGAUGAAUAUGAAAGCGAGUACGACGAAAAUCAUUUUGACGAGACAGAGAUUUCGAACGAAGAUUUAGAUAAACUGGAAGAUGGAUUAGCUUAUGUGUACAGCGUCAUUGGCGAAGAUACCAUCUUGACGGCAACAGAGAUCAAGGAAGCGUUAUGGUAUUACUAUUUUGACAGAGAGGAGACGAUUAAUUGGACACUUGAAAAAAUUGCCAAAGAGAAGGCAUUAGAGGAAAAGAAGAAAGCAAAAGAGGAAGCCAAGAAAGUUUCCACUCGACCUACUAAAAAGGUAAAUAUGCUUUGGUUGUUGGAUACAUUCAAGAUGUUCAUCCUUCUUGUUAGUAUCAUGAGCGAUCAAAACAGUAAUAAAAAGGCAAUGCCUUCGCUUUCCAGUUUAUCCAACUCGCGUCAAUCAUCGUCACCAGCAAACAGCUUGGCUCAACUUCGACAAAAUAUGCAGAAACCUGUCACCUCUUCAUCCUCUUCGCUCGCUUCGCUUGCUUCUUCAUCUUCGGCGGAAGGAAAGAGACCUCUGUCAUCAUUGCAGGCACUGGCUCAAAGAUCAAAUACAACGGCAAAGACUGCCCCUUCACUCGCUUCACUUGCUGUUAAAUCACCCUCACCAACUACUACCCAGAAACCUUUGAACAGCCUUGCUCAUCUGGCAUCUCGGCAAUCAGCACCCAAUUCCAACGCUGGUGUUGGUAAAAGCGCAUUGUCUAGUCUUGCACCAAAACAGUCCACAGCAACAAGGCCAGCAUCUAUGAAGCCGGUGUCAUCUCCAACUCCAGUUGUAUCCGCUGCUCCUGCUGCAAAUGUAGACACCAACAGGUUGACGAACGAGGAGUCAUCAUCAGACGAGGAACAGGAGGAAGCGAUUUACGAAAAUCCUCUAUGUGCCAAACCGUCUGCUGCAGCACAAUUCUUGUUCAAACCUCAGCAAUCAUUGCAAUUUGAUCCUCAAUCUGUAUUUUCGCAAGCUCUCAAAAAACCAACCUCGAUUCAUGUGUUUGAAUUUGAUCAACCCAGCCCUGAUGAUAUUGUCAUUGCUGCUCAAAAUCAACGAGGCGGAAAGAAGCUGUAA